GGGGAAGGCAGAAGCCUUGACUGCAUCUGUCUGGGGAAGUAAGGACAGCAACACUCUCGGAUUUAGUUGCAUAGAACUGUGUCCCCCAGGUCACUGGGAGACCAGGGAUGUGUGGCUGAAGUCUAUGGUCCUGUAAUGGGCCCUUUUUGAGAAGAGUCUCCAAGAGAGCAUCACACCGGAAGGAAUGAAGGAAUUGUGAGUUCCUGACUGCUGCGGAUUUCUGGGCAGAUGUCUGGCAAGAGCUAGGUCCACCAGCCCCAUAUACAUCCUGCUGACAAACCUGUCACCGAAGCUUCUCUGAGACAGCAUGAAACCUGACAAUACCACAACAGAGUUGUGGUUGAAAGUCACCUACAUCUCCAUGGAGGUUGUCAUCGGGCUCUGCGCUGUGGUGGGCAACAUGCUGGUCAUCUGGGUGGUCAAGCUGAACCCCAGUCUGAGGACCACCACCUUCUAUUUCAUAGUCUCCCUAGCACUGGCUGACAUCGCUGUUGGGGUGUUGGUCAUGCCGUUAGCUAUUGCUGUCAGCCUGGAAGUCGAGAUGCACUUCUAUGCCUGCCUUUUCAUGUCCUGCGUGCUUCUGAUCUUCACCCACGCUUCCAUCAUGUCCUUGCUGGCCAUUGCCGUAGACCGAUACCUGAGGGUCAAGUUGACGGUCAGAUAUAGGACGGUCACCACUCAAAGAAGAAUAUGGCUAUCCUUGGGCCUUUGCUGGCUAGUAUCCUUCCUGGUGGGACUGACCCCCAUGUUUGGCUGGAAUAGAAAAAUGACUUCAGGGCUCCCCCAAAAUAGUACCACCCUUUUGUGCCAUUUCCGUUCCGUGGUGUGUCUGGACUACAUGGUCUUCUUCAGUUUUAUCACUUGGAUCCUCAUCCCCCUCAUUGUCAUGUGCAUCAUCUAUCUGGACAUCUUCUACAUCCUCCGCAACAAGCUCAGUCAGAACUUGUCUGGCUUCAGAGAGACGCGUGCAUUUUACGGACGGGAAUUCAAGACAGCCAAGUCCCUGUUUCUGGUUCUCUUCUUGUUUGCUUUGUGCUGGUUGCCUUUGUCCAUCAUCAACCUUGUUUCCUACUUUAACGUUCACAUACCAGAGGUCGCAAUGUGCCUGGGGAUCCUGUUGUCCCAUGCGAACUCUAUGAUGAACCCCAUUGUCUACGCCUGCAAAAUAAAAAAGUUCAAGGAAACCUACUUUCUGAUCCUCAGAGCUUGUAGGGUCUGUCAGACCUCAGUUUCCUUGGACUCGAGUACUGAGCAGGCCACUGACUAGUUGCCAUGACACACAAAGAACAACCUCACAGUUCGCCUUAUCAGACAUUCUUGUUUCCUUCCACUGCAGUGCGGUCAUCUGGCCGGUGGCCACACAGUCUCACUGCUCCCUGUUUCUGCUUCAGUUGUUUUCUUGCUCUUCUCUGACAGUUCUGUGGAUGCCUGACAUGAAGACCACGCAUUACCAAGUAUCACGGACUGUGUUCUUCCUUCCCAGACACAAGAAGAAAUGGAAUCUUGAGGGAGUCUUGUCUUACCAAAGAAAGAUUCUAGCUGGGCUGGAUGGACAGAAUCUGCUCUGAAAGGUUCCGAAGAUGUUGAGAACAGAAGGAGUGAGCUGAGUUUAAGGAGGGCUGAAACUGCCAGAUUCACCUGUGUGGGUGUGAUUAAGUAAAUAAAAGAUGAUGGCCAACUGUUGUGCAGCUCUCGGCUGGGAUCACUCGGGGGCUUGGAGCCACAGUGGAUUGCUCUUGGCAUUCAUCCUGCUUGCUUCCUGGAACACUGUUCCAAAGUGCAGCAGCCUCACCGCUGUAGAUGAUUGUCCUCCCUGGGAGGUGGUCUGGCAUGCAAGGCUCUGAUGCUCUUGGCGUCCAAGGCAACUGCGGGUUUAGGACUGCUGGAGAUCUUUAGGUGUGCUUUGUAAGUCUGGGACAGGACAUUUAAGAAAGCUGGCACUAAGAUGUUAACUUUUAGCUUUGUGGCUUCAGCCUGUAAGGAGGAGUGAAAUAGGUUAGUCAGGUAAAACCUGUAAAAGGUACAAGAUCUUAUACUGCUACUCUGUAUCGGUUACUUUUCUGUUGCUGCGACAAAGUAUCAUGACCAAGACAAUGCAUAGAAGUGUUGAUUUGGGCUUCUGGGUCCAGAGGGGUAAGAGGCUAUG